AUGGGGCAACUACCGAAAGGCCGGGUUACAGAAGCACGACCAUUCAGCAACGUUGGGGUGGAUUAUUGCGGUCCAUUCUACAUGAAGGAAAAACGAUUCCGUAAUCGAGCCCGAGUCAAAAUAUACGUCGCGGUUUUCGUGUGUCUCGUAGUCAAGGCUGUUCAUCUCGAAGUCGUCAGCGACAUGACUUCUGAAGGCUUCAUCGCUGCUCUUCGCCGUUUUGUAGCUCGACGUGGAAAACCUUCGAUCAUCAGCUCGGACAACGGGUCGAACUUUGUGGAAGCAAAAAUCGAAAUCGAAGACAUUCAGAGGUUACUUGGUUCAAACGAACAUAACACCAAGGUGCAUGACUUCUUACUGGAAAAGGAGAUCAAGUGGAAAUUUAUCCCUCCGUCAUCACCACACUUCGGUGGCAUCUGGGAAGCAGCGGUCAAAUCCUUUAAGCACCAUCUGAGACGGAUCCUCGGAAAUGUUCUUCUCUGCUUUAAAGAUUUCAACACUCUCGUAGUUGAGAUCGAGAGUAUUCUAAACUCGAGACCGUUAACCCCUUUAUCCUCGGAUCCUAACGACCCCUUAGCUCUUACUCCUGGUCACUUCCUGAUUGGCGAACCCAUGACUAGCCUGCCUGAGAUUGAUUUUAGCACAACACCAUCCAACCGUCUAUCCACCUGGAAACACGUACAGAAACUCAGGCGAGAUUUCUGGUCAAGAUGGCAUAAGGAAUAUGUCAAUGAGCUCAAUGUUCGACAUAAAUGGAACAGGGGAGACCACACCGUCGACGUUGGAUCCGUUGUCGUCAUUAAAAACGAUAAUCUUCCACCAUUACAAUGGCACUUGGGUCGCGUCACCGCAGCACAUCCGGGAGCAGACGGCAUCAUCCGGACCGUCCAGGUCAAAACGGCGACUGGGACCUUUGAUCGAAGCAUUAAAAAAUUGGCACCACUGCCCAUUGAGAAUAUUGAAAGGACAAUCGCGUCUACGAGCAGUGAAAACUCUAAAACGAUUAUGUAA